CAGUAAGCGCACUUAGAGUUUUACAGCGAGAGGACUAUCACACACCACUGGACUGGACUGGAUUACAAAACUUCACAACAAACAUCAAUCUGAUGCCGUUCUACACGCACCGUGACCUUUCCGUCGUUUCCAAUGUGACCAAGUCAGCUUAAAGUAGGAACUCAUUUCCUUUCUGUCAUUGUUUCGCGUUUCACGUCAUUUUUUUCUUCUCUUUUGACAAUCAUAUGUGACAUUUUAAGAGGCGAACAGUAUUGCUGGUACCAUGGCUGACGCAGUCCAAAACCAGAUGGUCGACAUCGACCCGGACUUCGAGCCACUUUCCCGACCCCGCUCCUGCACUUGGCCGCUCCCGCGACCGGAGUUCCCGAACGCGGCCGCCGCGGACUCCAACACCUCGUCCCCGGCCCCGUCCGUCAAGCAGGAGCCCUGCAGCAACUCGGAAUUCAUCAACAACCUCAGUCUGCUGGAGGAGAAUGAGGACUACCCCGACCAGAAGCCUCUCAUGCUGUGCGGCGACUUCCAGUGCCAGGAGAACUGCAUCCAUCACCAGCAGCAGCAGCAGCAGCAGAUCCCGAGUCUCCAGCAACAGGUGCCCGUGCUCUCCUCUCCGGUGGCCGCAGCCGCUGCCGCGCAGCGCAAGAGCAGCUCGUCCCGACGCAACGCCUGGGGGAAUAUGUCAUACGCGGACCUGAUCACCAAAGCCAUCGAGAGCUCCCCCGAAAAACGGCUCACCUUGUCUCAGAUCUACGACUGGAUGGUGAAAAGCGUCCCUUAUUUUAAGGACAAGGGGGAUAGUAACAGCUCCGCUGGUUGGAAGAACUCGAUCAGACACAACCUGUCCCUACAUAGUAGGUUUAUCCGUGUGCAGAAUGAGGGGACAGGUAAGAGCUCUUGGUGGAUGCUCAACCCUGAAGGCGGCAAAAGUGGCAAGUCGCCUCGACGCCGGGCCGCCUCCAUGGACAACAACAGCAAGUUUGCCAAGAGCAGAGGACGAGCGGCAAAGAAAAAGCUGGCUCUUCAAGGUGGGGCCGAGGGGGGCGCAGACAGCCCAGGCUCUCAGUACGGCAAGUGGCCCGGCAGUCCAAACUCCCACAGCAACGACGACUUUGACGCCUGGACGGCUUUCCGUCCCCGCACCAGCUCCAAUGCCAGCACACUGAGUGGUCGUCUCUCGCCCUUUAUUGAUGACGAACUUGGCGACUCUGAUGUCCACAUGGUCUACCCAGGCCCUGGGUCAGGGGCCAAAAUGACCUCCACCCUCCCCAGCUUGUCUGAAAUGGCUGGUUCUCUGGGUCACAAUGGCUCUGAGAAUGUGAUGGAAAACCUUCUGGAUAACCUCAACUUGCUCUCACCUAAGAACACAUCAGUGGGGUCCUCAGGAGGCCCUGGGUCAGGAUCCAACCAAUCCUCACCCUCUUCCCUCAUGCAGGCCAGCCCUGGUUACUCCCCCUACAGUUCCCCAGGUCUGGCUGCAGUCAACCAGCAGACUCAACAAGACUAUCGUAAGUGUCUCUACGGCCAGGCAGGAAUGGGCAGCAUGUCCCCCAUGCCCAUGCAGUCUCUGUCCGAAAGCAAGUCCAGUUUUGGUCCUGGUCCAGGAACUAUGGGCCAGUUUAACUGCUCAGCAGGGCUGCUGAAGGAGCUUCUUACGUCUGAUGGGGAGUCUGGAGAGCUCCUGCCCUCGGUGGAUACCGUCGUCUCCCAGUCAGCUGGAAGUGGUGGAUGUAUGUUGCCCCCCUACAGCAGUAGGCGGAAUGAACUUAUGGGGGUUGUUGGAGCAUCUCAUAGCCAUGCCCUCUCUCAUCCGCACAAUAUGCACGGACAAGCCCCGACCACACCCGUGGCAUUGAAUGGGCGAUCACUGCACCCUAUGGCCACGAUUGGCGGUGUCAAUGGACGCCUGGGAAGCAUCAAGUCAGCAUUGCAUAUGCAGUACGGAGGCUCUGGUCAUCAUGGAGGUGGAAUUCCUUACUGCAGCAUCAACAGCAACGGAUAUGGCCGGGGCCCAGGGAUGAUGCCCCACCUUCAACAGCAACACCUGGAGAAGCUGCCCAGUGAUCUGGACGGCAUGCCUGUGGAGCAUUUCGAUUGUGACGUGGAGUCCAUCUUGCACGAUACACUCAUGGAUGGAGAAUCGCUGGACUUCAACUUCGACCCCAUGGCCACCCAACAGGGGUUCCCGCCUCACAGUGUAAAGACCACCACUCACAGCUGGGUGUCUGGGUAAAAACUCUCAACUGGAGUACAGCAACACUGAGCUGCUGUCCACAUGGAACCAAACCUCUCGUCAACCCCUCGUCAGGGAACGUAGCCCCUGUUAUUCUUUCGCUUUCUUCAACAGAGGCGGCUGAGAUGAAACCUCACACUGCCAAGCUCGUUGGCUCAGUGAGGAGCUAAAUUGCAAGGACGUUUUCCUCAGACUUUGGGACUCACGUUCAAACCAAGUGCCAAACCAGGUGCCUGUGCUCCAUAGCCAAAUUGACAAGCUUUAUUUUACUGCCUUCUUCUUGCUGUAGAGAAUCUAUGCUCAAAUCAGGGCGAAGAGAACCUAAGGCCCUUACAUCUGCUGCAGCACACACUUACCAAUGUCCACACCAAUUUACAGGAAUGGUUUUAAAGUCACAUUUUCCAUCAAGGGCAAAAUGUGAUACGGUAUAACACGCAGUACAGUUGCUACACCUCAGAAAAAUGUCACCCAAGUUCAUAGCUUUCUCUUAUUCACUGUGUUGCCAGUUUAAAACCCUACCCUGCAGUUAUUGCUGUGGGUAACACAUUCAUGCUGUGCUUCAUAGAGACUCCACGAUUGGCCUUAUUGGGAAGGAGAACUGGAACAGUUGCAGGAAGGAAUGACUGUAAAUAGAUUUAUUUAGAAACGGUCCUGCAGAAACGUUAGGGAAAUUGUUGCAGACUAGUUGAACUACGUCGCAUACAGCACAUCAUAACACUUUCAUUUCUGUCUCGUCCGCAUAUUUGACGUAGAGCAGAUGUACAGUACUACAAUUCUAAUGAGUAUGUUACUAUAAACUGGUGUACAGAGAGUUUACACAAUGAUAUCAACAAUCAGGGCAACAUAUUUCAUGUUGUUUUGUAAACCUGAGAGAAACUGGAUUUGGUAUUCUACAUUUUGUUGGGCUUACAUGGAAGAAGUUUUCUCAUUUAAAUUGUACACAUCUUUCCACAUUUCUUGUAAAUACAUGAAAUAUAUGUUUCAAAAACGUAUAAAGUAGAAAUAUUUAGUUUUUUUUUUCUUUUGUAUUAUCAUAAUUAUUCGUAUUGCUGUUUAUUAUUGGCUUUGAGAUUUAUUAUUUGGUUUGAGAUUUUUGUUAUUUAAAGGAAUAGUUCGUCCAAUGAUGAAAAACAUAUUUACUCGUGUCAUUCCAAACCAUUUAUUUAUUCUGUGGAACACAAAAGGUAAAUAAAAGGUGGUGAACAAGUCUAUCAAAUCGGGCAUCAUUAUCAUUCAAUGGCAAACACCAGUGGUUCAUUGGAAGAAAGAAUGUCACACAUGUUUGGAAUGACAGGACGGCGAGUAAAGGAUCCCAGAAUUAACAUAUUUGGAUGAAUUUCUCUUCUAAGCUGUGUAUAGUGUGUUUCUUCAGAGGUUUGUGGCCCUCAAAAGAUAAAAAAUUUAGCAUUUAAAGACAAUAAUAAUAAAAUCGUCUGUGCAUUCCUGUAUUAAAAAAAGAUCAGGCCUGUGUUUGUUAUGACCCAUAUAAGAGCUAAAUCGAAAGAUUCCCAUGGUAAGAAAAAUUCAAGGCCACCAAAGCCUUUUAGAGCUACAGCGCCAGCAGACUCCUACGCCUUUGCCACCAUAUUGAAUCUAUAUUGCUGUAGCAAUGCUGCAGUUUUCUGCCUUUAAGAAAGUGUAGAGAGUUUUUGACUUAACAUUUUACUUUUAUUUAUUUGGCUGAAGGAGAGGUGGUGUGAUUGUGUCAUGUCAUGGUGUAUCAUUUACACUUGUAUUAUAUUUCUGUUUGAUUUCACAUCUCUCUCAAAUUGCAGGCACUGUGAUGUAUACGUUCUGCAAGUUUGUGGUGAUUUUCCAAGUCUGUGCUUUUCUCGUUCCCGAAAAUUUCAACAGUUUUGCCUCCUUGCACUACUACAGGUAGACCUUCAAAAUGUUCAAACUGGUAAAAAUUGAAGCAGGGUGCCAAUAUCUCAGAUAAUUCAUUAAAGACUUGAAAAUAUUGCGUAGUCACAGACGGCAACAUAAUGUCGGCCCAUAUCUGGUACAUGUCGAAUCCACACGAACCAGACGUGGGCCUGAUCUCGGCCGACGCUAUGUUGCUGUCUGGGGUGUUAUAAAACAAAUGCUUCGGCCAACCUUUAAAUAUUAAAUGCUUAAUGUUAUUAGACGCUAACACUGUUUUCUACUGGUUUCUAUUCCUGUGGCUUUGUUACUGUGAAGCCCUAGCCAUUGUGAAAUCUAAUUGGUCCAAAAUUCCACUUUACAUACAUAAAAUAUGAUUGGCUGUGCCAUAAUUUUCACUUUCAGUAUAAACAAAUUUCUUGUCGCGCCUAGUUGGGAUACAGUGAGGUUCAGUCAUUGGACGAAAGUCAGACAUCUGUUUACUUCACACCAUAAAAAUAUUAUUAUUAUUAUCAAGCUCUGACCCACACUGCCUCACUCAGCACAGGGAAAAGAUCGGAUGCUUUUUUUUUUACUAAUAUCACUGUGCUCGGCAUCAUCAUGAAUAUGCAUUUGCUUUGUGAAUUUAGCUGGUGAUCCCACCUAUGCACAUACAUGUACUUUAAUGAUCAUUUUGAUUAUUGUCAUCUCCAGUAUGUUUUUAUCGAUGACGAGAUAUUUGAUAUUUCAUGUUUGAUAGAGCUGUGGAGUCAUGUUAAUGUCACAGAUGUUAGUUCAUAGUUCUGAAGAAUAUGAAGUAUAUUUAGAGAGUAGAUCAUUUACAUGCAAAGCUUUUUGUACACUGACACUGUUAUUCUUGUAUUUAGAAGCAGUUUGUAGAAAACAUGGACUAAUGAAAAAGCAAAAAAAAAAAAAAAACUAAUAAUAAUUGAAGAAAUUUGAAAGAAAAUGCAGCUGUUUUUCUUCAGAUUGUGGAGUUUGGACCAAUUUUUAAUGAAAAAAAAAAACAAACUUUAAAUUAAAAUACUGCACUUUGUCUAUAUAGAUGUAAUGAGUUCUCUUAGAGAUAUGAAAAAAAGUGAAGAUUAUCUAUUUUGAAAACAAACUGUUACAUUUCUUAACUUAUGUACAGAAACGAUUUGAUUCACAAUCAACAGAUGAUAUAACUAAAGGUGCAAUUUGUUUAUGUAGUUGAGAAAGUAAUAAUCUAUAAGAGAGAAAUGAUAUUGUUAAGCUGACAUGCCAAUACUGACAUAUGUAUAUUAUAACUUCAUUCUUUAAGUUCAUCAGCAGAGAGCAAACAGUUUGUGAAAUGUGAGGCUACAGAGCUCUGGUUUUUGCUCUUGAUGCCUAUUUUGUGCUUGUAUUUCUGUACAAGAAACAUGCUGCCGCUGUAAAAAG